UGAAUGUGAGUGUGAAAGAAAGAUGUCACCCACUGAUAUGUGGAGAGUAAAGAAAAGAAAAACUGUAUUGAGGUGUUUAAAAUUGAAAGUAACAAACGGACUCUGAAAAUGAAACAUGUUUACACUACGGGAAUGUUCUUGUUUUAUACCUUGACUUGAGAAAUUUGUAAUAAAGAUACAGAGAUUUGUAUAUGAAGAUGGCGGUUCGCUCUUUCACUCACUGAUUAAAUGAUUCUGUUUUCCAGGGCAGACAACUAGAAGAGCUGAGAGUAGUGAACCCCAGUCAAAUUCAUUUGUUACUCCAGUUACACUAUUUUGAAACUUGUAACACUUACAAAUGUUGUUAAACUUUUAAAUGUUAUUAAACAAUUCAUAUUAUCAUGCACUUCUUGAAAAUAUUAAUAUGGCAUUAAACUUAAGUUCAUAUAUUAUCUAAUGCACAAAAAGUGUUAAAGGGUGUAACACAGCAUAAGGGUUAAUACUGCAAAUUACCCAAAUACAUAUACAUAUUUUACACACAUACAAUGUCUAUAAUUUCAUCAGUACUAUUGCCCCCCAAAGCAAAAUAUUAAAUAAAUAAAUAAAUGUAGGGUAGAAUAGGAAAUUAUAAAGGGAUGGGAAUGUGAUGUUGUGAUUUCCAGGAAUUCCCACUUGGCACCACCUACUCAUUUAAAAUAACAUCCCUCACAGCCUUCAUCACAACUUAGUGAGCAGAGUGGGCGAGUGGAUCAGAGAAAGAGGGUGAUGUGGGCCACGCUAAACAUCUGCCUGUAUCUGUCCCUUAAAUGCAUCUCAGCAGCUUCAAUCCUCCUCAGAUCAGGUACUUGUCAGCUCCAGGGACGCUUCAUGUUGAAUGGGGUGUACCAGGACGGAGAUGUUAUACUUGGAGGUCUGUUUGACGUUCACUUAAUUACUUUGUUACCAGAGCUGAGCUUCAGAAUGCACCCAAAGCCACCAUACUGUGAAAAAUUCAAUAUGGAAAACUUUAAGCAUUCACAAAUCAUGGUUUUCACUAUAGAUGAGAUCAAUAAAAAUCCAAACCUGCUGCCUAACAUCACUCUUGGUUACCAAAUUUAUGACAACUGUGUGAGGCUAGGAAUGGCGUUCCGGGCUGCCAUGUCUCUGGCUAGUGGGACACAGGCUUCCUUCUCCAAUCUCAACUGCACUGGCCCUCCUCCAGUGAUUGGGAUUGUGGGGGAUCCAGGAUCAACUCCAUCCAUUGCCAUUUCCAGUGUGCUGGGUCUAUUUCGUGUUCCUAUAGUUAGUCACUUUGCCACCUGCUCCUGUUUGAGUGACAAGAAAAAGUAUCCCUCUUUCUUCAGAACAAUUCCCAGUGAUGCCUUCCAGGUGCAGGCAAUGGUUCAGAUUUUGCACCAUUUUGGAUGGACCUGGGUUGGUCUUCUCUACAGUGAUGACGAUUACGGUAUCUAUGCUGCUCAGUCCUUCCAAAAGGUUGUGCAGCUGUUUGGAGUUUGUGUUGCUUAUUCUAAAAGUCUGCCCCAAAACAACACUAGAGAAAUUCAGCAUAUAAUGGGAGUGAUUCAAGCUUCUACAGCUAGAGUGAUAGUUGCUAUUUCGACUUCAUCCUAUCUGCUGCCUUUGAUGGAUGAAGUGGUGUUGCAAAAUUUGACAGGGAGACAGUGGAUUGCAAGUGAAGCUUGGUCCAACUCACCUACAUUUCGCACUCCACGUUUCCUGCCCUUUCUGAAGGGCACACUGGGCAUUGCCAUCAAACGUGGAGAAAUCCAGGGACUUCUUGAAUUUCUUUUACGUCUCCGUCCCAGCAAUGAUCCAAGAAAUAAUAUGCUGAAGAUCUUCUGGGAGAACAUGUUUGGGUGUAGUUUUGUAACAAAAACAGAUGGGGAGCAAGUAAAAAAGGUGUGCACAGGACAGGAGGAUCUGAGCACCACAAAUACAGCAUACACUGAUGUUUCAGGGUUAAGAGGAUCCUAUAAUGUCUAUAAGGCAGUUUAUGCCCUAGCAUAUGCGCUUCAUGACCUGAUGCAGUGUGAGGAGGGAAGAGGACCAUUCAGUGAGAACAGAUGUGCUGAAAAAACAAAUCUGAAACCCUGGCAGCUGGUCCACUACCUUAAGAAAGUGAACUUCACCACAGGCUUUGGGGAUCAUGUGUCAUUUGAUAAAAAUGGAGAUGCCCUUGCCAUCUAUGAUGUGAUGAACUGGCAGCCAAGCUCUGAUGGAUCAAUGAGGGUCCAAACGGUUGGCGUAGUAAAUAAGGGGGUGGCAACAGGCAUGGUGGUCACACUGGAUGAGAAUGCAAUAUACUGGAACUUUGAGGCAAAAAAACCCCCAAAGUCUGUGUGCAGUGAGAGCUGCCCCCAAGGCACCAGACGAGCCAGGAAGAAGGGCCUUCCUGUCUGCUGUUUUGAUUGCCUGCCAUGUGCAGAUGGAGAGAUUUCUAAUAGAACAGAUGCAGAGUGCAUGAUGUGUCCAGAUGAUUUCUGGUCCAAUUCAGAUAAGGAUCAGUGUGUCCCCAAAGAAGUUGAGUUUCUAUCCUAUGAGGAUCCACUGGGCAUCUCUCUGACCACUGCAUCUCUGCUUGGCACCUGCUUCUGUGCUCUUGUGAUGGGUAUCUUCGCUCAUCAUCGUAACACUCCCAUAGUACGCGCCAACAAUUCAGAGCUCAGCUUUCUGCUGCUGGUGUCACUCAAACUGUGUUUCCUGUGUGUGCUGCUGUUCAUUGGUCAGCCGCAGUUGUGGAUGUGUCAGUUAAGAUAUGCUGUGUUUGGCAUAAGCUUUGUCCUGUGUGUCUGCAGCAUUCUGGUCAAGACAAUGGUGGUAAUAGCCGUGUUUAAGUCAUCUCGACCAGAGGGCAAAGAUGCAAUGAAAUUGUUUGGACUACGUCAACAGCGAUGCACAGUUCUGGUCCUAACAGCCAUCCAGGUUGUGAUAUGUGCAGUCUGGCUAUCAACUGCUUCUCCAACUCCCCAUAAAAACAACCAGUAUAUCCGCUCUAAAAUAGUAUAUGAAUGUGCUAUUGGCUCAGUGGCUGGUUUUUCUAUGCUGCUGGGAUACAUUGGAUUGUUGGCAGCAGUAAGUUUCCUGUUUGCCUUCCUGGCACGAAAUCUUCCAGAUAAUUUUAAUGAAGCAAAGUUCAUCACUUUCAGCAUGCUAAUCUUCUGUGCUGUGUGGAUUGCGUUUGUUCCUGCAUAUGUGAGCUCACCAGGGAAAUAUGCAGUAGCUGUUGAGAUUUUUGCCAUUUUAGCUUCUAGUUUUGGAUUACUGGUGGCUAUAUUUGGCCCAAAGUGCUAUAUCAUCAUUUUAUAUCCAGAGAGAAACACUAAAAAAGCCAUCAUGGGAAGAGAAACACAAAAGAGAUAGUUUUAUAUUAUUGUGAUGUUUCAUCUUUGUGUAAAAUUAUUUAAAAUAUUUAAAUUCCUGCUGUUUUAUAGAAUUAUAAUCAUUAAAAGGAUAGUUCACCUAAAAAUGAAAAUGAUCCCAUGAUUUCCUCAUCCUGAAACCAUCCUAGGUGUAUAUGACUUUCUUCUUUCAGAUGAACACAAUCAGAGAUAUAUUUAAAAAUAUCAUGGCUCUUUCAAGCUUUAUAAUGGUAGUGAAAGAGGGUGUGAUUUUGAAACCCAAAAAAAUGUAUCCAUCCGUCAUAAAAAGAAUCCAUACGGAUUCAGGGGUUAAUAAAGGCCUUCUGAAGGAAAGUGAUGGGUUUUUGUAAGAAAAAUGUCCAUAUUUAAAACUUCAUUAAUUAAUAACUAGCUUCCAGCAGAUGGCUGUAUUCAUCAAUUUGCGACGCAUGGCUCAUGACGACUUGGUCAGUAUGUGUAAAUCCACCCCUAUACAAUCACAAAAAUAACAAAAAUAAUUCCAUCAGUGUACA